AUGUCAUCCGUAAAAGCGAAGCUCGCCGCUCUGCGUGCAAAGCGUGCGAAGCAAAGGUCAGCGGCAACUCCUCUCGCAGACCCGGAGUUGAGCGCUGCCGCACUCGCCGUCGGCGCGCCUCAAGUCUCCUGGGAUGCUGACUACAAAGCCAAGCUCCGGCAAGUCGACACCACUUCCACCCUCAAGGAUUCAGAAGGGUCCUUUUGCUUGAGCGGUGAAGACGACGACGAGCUCGUCGUGCUCCCGCCUCCGACCCGGAAGCUAAACCCGGCUGCUCAAAGGCAGCUCUGGAGGAGGAGGGAGCUUGAACGCGCCAAGGAAAAGGCCGCAAAGACGCUGCUGGAGAUCCGGCCGGAGAGCUUCGAUGUCGACGACGUUCCGAUGGAGCCUUGCUCGGAGGACCCGGGCACGCUUGAAGAUGGGAAGGUUGACGAGAGAGAAGAGGGCGGGAACUUGUCGGAUAGAGAUGAAGAUGAAGAUGAGGUGCCCCCGAAUCGGCCGGGUUCGGGUUACCUGGGUGCAGAGAAUGGUGUUGAACAGGAUGAAGAAGAAGCUGCGCUCAAAACUGCUCAGCUAGAAGAGGAAGAGGAGUACGAAGACGCCAUGGAUGACCUUCCGCUCGCCACACCAGAAGACGUCCUCGAAAAUAACACCCCUUGUGUUGUCACCAACAAGUGCGAUGCACCCGAGAAUGGAGCGCGGGCUUCCGAGCAAGCGGAACAGGACGCAUCUCGUCAUGCAACUGAAGCAAAGGAGACUACAAACGACACCGCUAGCACCGAAGAUCAAGUUGCUCCUGAGGCCCCGCAAGAAACAAACCAGUCUACCAUGGAAGCUACAAGCGAUACACGUCAAAUAAAUGUCCCAGGCGAAAAAAAGUUGCGAAAAGGCAGUUGGUUUAUAGGAUGGAAAAAAAGCCCGGAGGUGAAAGCACCGGAACGACGUUUCAAGACAGGCUUUGUUGAAGAAGAAGCUCAUGACGAUGACGGGGAUGGACAGGACGAUUGCGGUGGUGGAGCAGCGUCAAACGACGAUGCAGAUAACGACGAAGAUGAGUACGAUGAACUUGCAGAGAAAGAGAACAUCAAUCCAUCUGAAAACAAGAAACUCUCAGCUUUUCACCAGAAAUGGAUUCUAGAUAAAGAAAAGGGCGAGUUGGAGGCAAUGAAAACCGUUCCUGGGCGCAUGAUGGUGAAUGUCGUCGACGAGGCUAUGGAUCUUACGGAAUUACGAUCGAAACCUGAUACUGAGACGAAGAAAGAGGAACCCUUAGAGGAAGAGGAACACCUCUCAGAGGCGGAUGUGGGCACUUGCGAAGUAGGUGGAGUGCCUGAAAAAAUCCAGCACGGCUCUGGGGACUACGUCGAUGCCAUGUACGUAUCUGCGCGGCGAAUGCACCUCUAA